AGAUCACAGGUGAAAGUGAAGAAUGUGUGUGGAUCAAGAUCUCAUGAUGAAUUUGAAUUUAAUAUGGUAAUGAUCUUCUAGUUUUAACUUCUAAAUUUAUUUUAUUUUUGUUACCUCAUAUCACAUUUUUUUGUUUUGUUAACACUCUUUAAGUUGAAUAAUGAAAUCGAAAUCAUAGAUAGAUCCAAAAACUGGAAUUAAGAAGUCUGUUGAUGAAGUGUGGCGUGCUCAACAUAUGAAGAAGAAUGAAGAAGGAGAGAUGAUAUGGUGCGAUGAGGCAUCAAAAGCAAUUUACGAAAGAAUAAAAGAGAUAGUCAAUCAAGGAACUUCUUUGUCUAACAAAGAGAUAAUACUUAAAGCCAAGGGCAAGCCCUCGUCUCGACGUGUUAGGCGGGAGAAAAUUGUUGUGGUUGGGGAAGAAGUUAGAGCUGGGAUAAGAAAUGAGAUCUAUUCCGAGUUAAACCAACAGUUUGAGGCCCGGCUAGCAGAGCAGAACCAGAAAUGGGAACAAAGGUUUGCUGACCUGCAAAAGCAACAUGAUGAAGACAUGAUGCAACUGUUGCGUCCGAGAAAAGUAGGAUGAUUUAUAAAGAUCAACAACCUCUCAUUAGUGUUAGAUUUGUGAUUUUGAUUGAUUUCAAAUACUAUUUAGAAUUAUUAGUAGCCAAAUUUGAGUUUAAGACUUUUUCCCCUAUUAUCUAGUGAAUUUGAUUUUUUUUUAUUUUGGUGACCAUUCUUGUCACAAAAUAUGAUUUUUUUUUCAACGUACAUCAUCACAUAAUCGUAUAACUUGACACCAAUGACUAUAUUCGUAUUUUAAUUUCUUGUCACUAAAGAAGCUCGUUAGUCAUCAAACCAUUAAAUUUGUGACGAAACAUGUUCUCGCAAUUAAUAGAAGUGACGACACAUCUUCUCACUGAAUAGAGUGUUGUAGCAAUAUGUGUCCUAAAAUCUUGUCACAAAAUGCACUCAUGUAGGACAUACGGUAUCGUCAUUUUUGGGGUAUACUCGUGUCAUCAACUCUUGUCACAAAAGAAGGCUGAAAAGAUAAUUUUAUUGUCAAAAUAGAAAUACAUUCGUGAUAACUCAGUGAUGCAUCACCAUUGCUUUAUUAGUGACUAUCAAAGUUGUCACAAACGCUAACCUUUUGCGAUGAAAGGUUGGUCACCACUGAAUGGGAUUUGCGAAGUUCGUGCCGUCAAUUUAUCACUAAUGCUGCUUUGAGUGAUUACUAAAGUUGUCACCAAAUAUAUCCUUUUGCAACAAAAUAUUGGUCACAAUUGACAUCAUUUUGUGGUACGUAAGGUGUUUUCGUGAUAACAUAAAUUGUCACAAAUUGAUUCUUUUGUGAAAGUUAGAUAAUCACAAAAGUAUAUUGUGAGUGACGAUCGAAAUUUGUCACACAUGAGGGAUAUACGUGACAGUAAAUUACGUCACAAAUAGUUACUUUAAUGACAACCAACUCAACCCGUAAAUCUUACCUUGAAUUUCAAAAUGUGUAUUUGUGACAACAUUAUGGUCACAUUUGUAACUAUUCGUGACAAGUAGACAUGUCACAAGAGUAGUUUUCGGGACUAGACUGCCUCGUCACAAAAAGAAUUUUUAUUAACAAUAAGAUUGUCACGCAAGUUCUUAUUUUUGUUACGAACAAUGUUGUCACAACUGAGUUAGUUAUUCGUGACGGUUUAGACCCGUCACGUAUACAAAUAUUAAUGUUGCCAAAAGUUAAAAAAACCGUUGCCCAUUUUACAAAAAUGUGUUGCAAAAAUUGUGAAAUGUGUUGUCUAAAGUGGUGUUGCGUAAAAGGUAAGAAUACGCAACCCUUCAUAUUUGGGUUGCGAAAAAUGAAAAAACAGUUGCCUAUUCCUUUUGCAACCCCCACUAUAUGCAACCCUACCAAAAGUGUUGCGAUAGGUUUCCGCAACUCUUUUAAUACAUAACGCAACACAUUUGUGGGAGUUGCAAGAGGCCAUUAUGAAUUUAGAGACAUCCAACCCAUUGCCAUAUCUCUUAUUGCAUGGGAUCAAUAUCAGUUUAGUUUUACAAACAUUAAUAAGUAAAAGACACACCAAAACCUAAUAUCCACAUAAUAAGUUAACCACACAACACAAACACAAGAUCAUCCCCAUAGGAAGAGGUGGUCAAUUAUAAUCCGACCAUUGAUAACACACAUACUUUAUAUAGUUCAGACUGGUGUACUCGCAGAAUGCAUGAUAUUUUAAAUACUCCUAGCGAGAUAUACAUAUUUAGAACACGAAUUAAAGCGAGUUCUGUGACUCUAAUCCAACGAAGUUCAAUAAAAUACAUCUAACAAU